GAAAUUUCUAGCUCUACUUUGUAAUAUUAUGUAGUUUAGUUUGGAUUGUUUCUAGUUUUAAUUUAAAUUUUCAUAAGCAUUCUAAGUUUUAAUGUUAAUUUCCAUCUUGUUAUUUUGGUGAUAUCCGAAAUGCAUCAUUUGCAGAAAUAUUUGGAAAAAUUACAAUUCGGCAAAACAAAUAUUCGACCUUUAAGUAAUAAUGGAUAUAAAACAAACAUAUAUCUUUACUGUAGUUAUUACAGUUUUUACUCUCAAAAGGUUUUGAUGGCACUUUAUGAAAAGAACAUUGAGUUUGAGCCCUUACUGAUUGAUAUAACAAAAGGUGAACAAUAUUCGCCUUGGUUUAUAGAAAUCAACCCUCGUGGAGAAAUCCCUGUUCUGAAAGUAAAUAAUGCCAUCAUACCUGAUUCAACUAGGAUUUUAGAUUAUUUGGAAUUUUACUUAAAUCAGGAUACACAACCCUUAAUCAAUGUAUCUUCAGAUACCAAAGUUUUGAAAAAUAUAAACAAGUUUCGGGAAUUGAUAGAGGCACUUCCUGCAGGACUUAUAACUGUUGGAUCAUUUUAUCAUCCCAAACUUUGUGGAAGACCAAAAUUGCCUUUUAUUUUGCCAGUUAGAGAGGUUCUUAAAAAUGGUGACUUAAGUAGCUCAAAGAAUUUACGCAAGUUGGCUAAGGAAAACCCAAAAGCUGAGAGGGUAUUGUUGUAUAAAGCUGAGAUACAAGAAAAAAAACAUGAAAUUAUUGCCAAUGAAGAGGAGUACCUGAAGGUUUUAAACAUUGUUGAUGAAGUUUUAGCACAAGUUGAAGAACAACUGUCAAAUCAGAGUGAAGGUAACUGGCUGUGUUGCGAGACAUUUACAAUAGCCGACAUCAACUUGGCUAUCUUAUUGCAACGCUUAUGGGAGUUAGGACUUGAAGGACGUUAUUGGACAGGAGGAAAAAGGCCCUGUAUUGAAAACUUUUUUAACCGUGUCAAAGAGCGUGAUUCGUUCAAGAAAACUAUUCCUAGUCUGCCUGUGCAUAUAAAAAUGAUUGUAACAUCACAACCCCCUGCAUACCUUGGUGCUGCAGGGGCCGUGUCUGUGGGAGUUGUACUUGCAAUAGGAUACAUAUUUAAAAAGCUGAUUCAUUGAAUGACUUCUUUCCUUUUACUUAAGUAGCCCAUAUUAAUUACAAAGAUCAAUAAUUCACAGAAUUUUUUGUAAAAAUUUACAAUAUGAAUAUAUUUUUAUUAAAUGUUAUAUUUUAUCUUAAUAUUCAAGUGAUAACUUAUAUAUAGGUAAGACCAUAUAAUGGAAACGAUCAGUAUUAUUUUUGCUCCUUGCUUACUUUUUUUGAAGAUUCAAUUCAAUGAUAGUAAUAAUAAUUAUAACAACUUAAACAUUCCCCAUGUUAAAUCAAUGGCCUGAAUUUGUCCGUGUUAUUAUUCUUCAUUUGUAUUGAAUGUACUGAGUAAGUAUUAAAAUAUUAUUAUAAUAUUUUUGAAUUAUAUUAAUUGUUAACAAUAAA